AGUAAGCAACCUUGCCUGACACCGGUCUUUACCUCGAACGAGUUUGUCAACUGUCCUCCAUGCACAAUUUUGCAGUUUAAUCCAUCUUAGGAAUUCCGUAUGAUAUUGACUAUCUUCUGAGGCACGCCGUAGUGUCGACUGAAAGUACUACAUAUAAGAUAAAUAUUGAACACUGGAAGCGUUGAGUAUAACGUCAUCUUAAACAUAAUCUAAUAAUUUCAUCUAAUAAAUUUAUUUGUAGUUUAGUCUUCAGUAUCUUCUAGCUUUAUCUAAUUUGUACUAUAUAGGAACUGUUUCUUAGUAUCAUUGGAAAAUACUUGAUUUCUCACAUGAUCAUAAGUAUUCACUUGUUUUCUGAAAGGCAGUUUUUUAUGCAUAUUAAUGUCAAGUAUAACUUUAAUUGCUAGUAAAAUAAUGGUGUAUUUGACGCAAUAGUUAAAUGAUAAUAUGUUCCAAGAAAUGUUCAGAAAUGCGAUUCAGAUUUCAUUUUGUGUUACUGAUUUUCAACAGCUUUCUAGCAAAUUAGAAGCGUUUUAAUAGUUGAAUUCAUGAGUUGAGCUAAGCUUGACCACCAUUGAAAACCUGGAAGCACUGAGCGGCCCUUUUAUCCUAGUGUGGUUGCGCAAGAUCAUGGAUCGAUCGAAGUUAGACAACAACACCGUUGUGUGCCGGCUCAGUGGUUUAGAGGUUAUUCACUCACGCGCGAGACCGAUUGUCCUGAGUCCGAGUCCCACCUACGGAAUCGUGAAUGCUUACUGCUUAGGAGUCUCAUACUUUGCUCCCAGGUUUUCAAUGUUUAUCUAGUUUAGACCGACUCAUGAGUUCAACUACUAAAAUUACUACAAUCUUCACAAACCCCCAUUCUGAUAAAUUAGAAACAUACAAUUAAUGUAGUAAUUUCUUCAAAUCAACUAAAUUUCUGUUCGAUUACCCUGUUAACUAAUGAUGAUUAGUACAGUUUUAAUCAACGAAAUGAAUACAAACCAGUGACAGUAAGUUAUUUCCUCUUAACAGAAAUAAAUGAUACCUUUUUAAAUUGUGAUGAUUGAAUUACACCGGUCGACAACGCGUUUAAAAUGCUUACUAUCGAUCCUUAUUUUUAAAAGAGUGCCUAUUUGAAUUAUGCUAUUCUGUUAUAAUAACCAUCUAUAAUCCAUUAACUUAAAAAUUACUGCGUUAUUUCUAACAGAAUUAAUUUUAUUUCAUCGAUAAUUUUUAAAUUGUUUUAUAAAAUAAUUUCAAUAGUUGAGACCAUGAGUCAGUUGAAGCUAGACCACCAUGGAAAACCUGGAGUUCUACUGAGAAGUAGUGACCAGUGUAGUUCAACCAGGUCUAUUGUGAGAUAGUAACCCAUUGAAGACAAUGUUGAAUGUGUCGCUCAAUUUCGUGGAUUAGUUGAAGUUAGACAUUAACACCGUUGGAUGCCGGCUCAGUAGUCUAGUGGUUAAGUGCUCGCGCGCGAAACCAGUAGGUCCUGGGUUCGAAUAUCGCAGAGGGCGAGGUCGUGGAUGCGCACUGCUGAGGAGUCUCGCACUGGGACGAAACGGCCUUCCAGUGCUUCCAGGUUUUCCAUGGUGGUCUAGCUUCAACUGACUCAUGAUCUCAACUAUUGAAAUUACUACAAUCUCCACAAAACCCAUCUGAUAUUAUAAAAUAAUACUUAAUCGUUAAGCUGAACCAAAACAAAACACCUUUGAGUUAGUUAUUAAUACCAUCAUCAUGACAAUUUCUAAAGAAAAAUCUGUAAUGUGCUGUGAAAUAUUUCCUUCUGUAUGGUUUUAAUAAGAAAGGGGAUACAUUCAUGAAUAGAUCUGAAAACCAGACAUGUCCAUAAGAUCAUCUGCAGGAGUGAAAGAUGAAAAUUUAUAUUUUUUAGUAAAUACUAAAAUUUGAUGGAAGCUAAUUAAUUUGAGAGAAGUCAUUUUUUUAGUGUGAAAUAUCAGAUAAUUUGUCCAAUUUUCAAAAAAGAACAUUUCGUACAAAGAAAUCCAUUUUAGAUUUGAGUAAUUUUUCGGAAACAAUGUAAUGAGAAAAGAAUCAUUGCUGCUUCAGUUUGAGCACCCGGCUAGUAUCACAAUCCUCACACAAAUCAAUAAUAAUUACUACUGACCCCAUUGUUGUUGUGUAGCGCAUAUGUAUUUGGUUCCGCUUUGUACCAAUGUUUGUAUGUUCAAAUAAAUAAGCAGAAAAGAAACUAGGUAAGCAAAGUAUUUAUUGAAUUCUUUCUAAAAAAGAAAAUGUAAACCUCAUGAUUUUUUUCUUAGAUGUAGUCUAUUCAGAGUAGGAAGUUUGUGCACAUGUAUAAUUUCGUAAUUGUUUAUUGUAAAUAUUGUCAUUUCAUACAUUUUGUUGUAGUUUUGUCAAAUGAAGGAAUAGAUAAUACAUGACUAUUAUCAUUCAGAAUAUGAAGAAACAGCUGUCUAACAGUCAUUGAUUCUUUUCAAAGAUUUUGUAACUGAUAUUAGUUUCUAUUUAAAAUGGGUUUAAAAACUUGGAAAAAUUGAAAAAAAACUACUUUAAUUAAUGAUGAUCUGAUUAAAAUUUAGUAGAUUCUAAUCACCAGCUUCCAUCUGAAGAAGAAAUUAGGAAAAAACGAUGGAAAUGGAUAGGACAUACAUUACGCAAAUCAUCAAACUGCAUCACGAGGCAAGUCCUGACUUAGAAUCUUGAAGGGAAGCGGAAAGAGGAAGGCCAAAGAACACGUUACGUCGGGAAAUAGAAGUAGAUAUGAAAAGGAUGAGUAACAACUGGAAGAAGCUAGAAAGGAUCGCCCAGGACAGGAUUAGAUGAAGAAUGCUGGUGAGCGGCCUAUGCUCCUUCACGAGGAGUAACAGGCGUAAGUAAGCAAAUACAAUACAUCCGUUGGUGCUUGUCUAGUACUUGUUAAUUCGAUUGCGUUAUUUCUGGGACUCCUAGUUCACACGAUAAUUCAAAUACUUUCAAACAUUAUACUGGUAUCGCGAGCAGGAUCUUAUGAUGGAAUCGUCCGAUAUACAUUCAGAUUUUGGUGUUUUUGAGGAUUAUUUUGAAAGGUUCGAAAUCUGGGCUAUGACCAAGGAAGAUGCUUAGGAUGUUAAUAUUGUGGAACAUUUCCUUACAUUCAUCGGAAAAGAAGCAUAUAACUUAUUAAGAACUCUGGGUAUGCCGGAAAAGCCUAUCUCGCUUCCUUAUACAACUCUCAAGGAACUGAUGCUAGACUUUGUUAAGUAUACAAAUUUCGAACGCAAUAAAGGAAGAUUUUUUAAAGUGAUUCAUGAGGAUAUAAAAAAUUCCACUACAUUACUGCGUCAUCCCAACCCAGUGCAUACUCAAAGUUAUGAAGAUAAUUCAUUGAGGAGUUGCGAUGCAGUUCGUGAAGGUGGGUACAAGUUUGGUCAAUGUUUGUCCCGUGGCAUGUUCCACUCUUUUAAUUCAUGUAAAUUUCGUAAUUCUAUGUGCUUUAAAUGUGGUGAUAUUGGAAAUAUUCAGUCAGUCUGUAAUACUAAUGUUCAUCUUAUCGUAACUAAUAUUAAGUCUUGUAAUUCUGAUUCUACUAAGUCAAGUAUUUAUAGUGAUGAUUUAUCUUUAUCAACGAUUUCAAAAGACAGUGUAGUCAUAUGGCAGUUCAGAGUUAAAUGAAAUUCAGAAUUCUUGCGAGACAACAGUUCCUAAUCAACCGACUUAUCAGAUUUCUCAUGUUAUUGUACCAGAUAUGGUUUCUCCUAAUAAUUUACUUAUUUCUGACUAAAUUCCUUGCAAAUCUGAGGAAAAUAUGUUAAAUGAAUCUGGUCAUGAUCAAAAACGUGAGGCAGUCUUGAUAGAUGCUGAUUUUUCUAAUGAUCCAUUACUCUGCAAUGACAUUCUUAAUAAAUUUCAUGAAAAUAUUUCAGAAGAAUCAAAUCCUGAUGUCAUAUCAUAUAUUACCUAUCCUCAUAAUGCAUUUGAUCCUUGGGAAAAAAUUGUUCAAUGCGAAGUACGAGUACCAAAUGAGCUCGAUUUUGAUUACAAUUCGGAUGAUUUCAUAUCAACUGUUGUUUACCCUUAUCACAAAAACACUUCUAAUGUUUACUAUAAACAAUGUGAGAAAUAUGUUCUAAAUGAAGCCUAGUCAUUCAUAACUUGCGGAUAUAAAGAUCCAACACUAUUUCGUGGGGGAGGAUAAUGUUGAAAAAUCUAUGGUUCGAAUUCUAGAUAUUAAUGAUUUCAGUACAAAACCGACAUACUGAUUGUAUACAAUUCCAGGUGAGUCUGUUCCGAUUUCGGUUGUUAAUUCCAAUACUAAUGAGCACAUCCUAGAUAAUACAGAGCUUUUAUCCAAUACAAUGUCGGACAGACACAGGAUGAACUUAAGAAGAAGACGUACAAUCGAUUACAGACAAUUAUAUUCCAAUUUAAGCUGUGGCGGAUGUGGUGUUUGAAUUAACUAAUGAUUCUUUUGUACUUGUUAAAUACCUGAUUUCGGAUUCUAGAUACAAUACAUCCGUUGGUGCUUGUCUAGUACUUGUUAAUUCGAUUGCGUUAUUUCUGGGACUCCUAGUUCACACGAUAAUUCAAAUACUUUCAAACAUUAUAGUUUCUCUUAUAACGAAUGGGUACAAAGCUCAAGAAAUGUGUGUACUAGCUUGCUGAAGAACUUUUCUUAUUUACGCUUUUACUGAUAAAAUCACUUUCUUUUCUGUUUAACAAAACAUAGAGGGAACGUAGUUCGUUAUAAAGUUCCUUUUCACAUGCAAAUCUGUUUUCGGAAUGCUUAUUGUUAAAUAGCUCUAAGAGUUCUUCUUUUCUUAUGUUCUGAUCGAUGAUAAUGUAACGCGAUAAAAGUUAAGCGUAUCAAUAACCUAGAGGCGAUCUGCACUUAUGUAUAUCAAUGAACUGGUGAGUGAAAGAAUGGAUGAACGAACGAAUGAACAACUUGUAAGAUACCGGAAUGUGGCCCUUGCUUUGCCAGUCCUCGCCUCUACAUCUAUAUCAGAUCCUCCUUGUUCGUCGAUGAUGCUGUUCAGAUUUGAAUUUCUUCUUGAUGUUGAAUGGCUAAAUGUGGUAGGCCGAUAGCAAGAACUCAUUGACGAUCUAUAAAUUGGUGAACGAAAAUUUCAGCUUAAUGCUCCUCAUGAAAUUACAUACUGAAUAUUAGGCGCAAUUAAAGACACAAUAUUCAGAUUUAACUACAGUUAAAUCAGUUCUUGGACGUUAGUUCUGAAGAACAAAGAUUUCAUGUCUCAACUUCUACUUUCAAUCCCAUCUUGGUCACAUUUAGUGUUCACUUAAAAUGCGUAAAUGAAGCUGAAAUCUAUCAAUAUUUAUCUAGUCACAUCGAGGACCAAUUUAUAACUUAAAUAAAGUCACAAGAUUUAAACACUAAUUGUAGAAUAAUAAUAAUGAGAAUUAUAUGAUACAUGUUGCACUAAUGGUAAAUUGACUAUGCUCGGUGGUAACGUCUCUGACUGUGAAGCUGGGUGACACGGGAUCGAAUCCGCCAGAAGACACCAGUUCCCUCAAGAUUACAGGUACACCUUGCUGACGAGUGCCAAAUAGCACGAAACCCUGGUCCACGGUUUUCUUGUCGACUACCUCCAACCACCAUCCAAUCUCAAUAUAUGAAGUUUUUUCAAUGAUAAUAUCGAUUAUAAAAUCAAAUUAUGAUGUAAUACAUUUAAUCUUAUACUGGUGUUUUAUUAUAAACAAAAAAAUGUAAUACAGUUUUAAUUAUGGAUCAAAGAUAAGGAAGGAAGUAUUUAUAUAAAGAC